UCUUGCUGUCGCUUUCUCUCUCUCUCUCUCUCUCUCUGUGUGAAGCUGUCUUGUGUCUGUAGUGCUGUGCUUCUGCAUGAUGGCGGCCUCGAAGCCUGUGGAGCCGCAGUCUGGCUCUGGCCUGCCCCGUUGGCAGGUUGCACUCAUGGUCGGAGCACCACUCCUAAUAGGGGCCGGAGCGGUCUACCUCUGGAACCGCAGCCGGAAGGUGGUGCAGAAAGGCAAGCGCAAUGGGGAAAGGGAAACUCCUGAGGGCAGCGCGAGUCCCGUGGCGAAGCCGGAGAAGCCAGAUGGGGAACCCGUGGAAAUGAAUCCUCUGGACCAGGCCCAGGCUGCGAAGAAUAAAGGCAACAAGUAUUUCAAGGCAGCAAAGUAUGAGCAGGCAAUCCAGUGCUACUCUGAGGCCAUCAGCCGAUGUCCCACUGAGCAGAAGGGAGAUCUCUCCACAUUCUACCAGAACAGAGCUGCAGCAUUUGAACAGCAGCAAAAGUGGCAGGAAGUGGUGGAUGAUUGCACACAAGCAGUGGAGCUGAACCCUCGCUAUGUCAAGGCGUUAUUCCGCCGGGCCAAAGCCCAAGAGCGCCUGGACAACAAGAAACAGUGUUUGGAAGAUGUGACAGCUGUAUGUAUACUAGAAGCAUUCCAGAAUCAGCAGAGCAUGCUUCUGGCAGACAAAGUGCUCAAGCUGCUUGGAAAAGAAAAAGCAAAAGAAAAAUACAAGAACCGGGAGCCCCUGAUGCCAUCUCCUCAGUUUAUCAAGUCGUACUUCAGCUCCUUCACAGACGACAUCAUCUCACAGCCCCUCCUGAAGGGAGAGAAGGCAGACGAGGACAAAGACAAGGAAGGGGAGACAGCCGAGGUCAAUGAGAGCUCUGGCUACCUGAAAGCUAAGCAGUUCAUGGAGGAGGAGAACUACGACAAAAUCAUCAGUGAGUGCACUAAAGAGAUUGAGACACGCGGGAAGUACGUGGCAGAGGCGCUGUUACUGCGGGCCACAUUUUACCUGCUGAUCGGCAACGCUACUGCUGCUAAACCAGACCUGGACCAGGUCAUCAACAUGCCGGAAGCCAACGUUAAGCAGCUACGCGCUAAUGCCCUGAUCAAGCGUGGCAGUAUGUUCAUGCAGCAGCAGCAGCCCAUGCUUUCCACACAGGACUUCAACAUGGCUGCAGACAUAGAUUCUCAGAAUGCAGACGUGUACCACCACAGAGGCCAGCUGAAGAUCUUGCUUGACCAAGUAGAGGAAGCAGUGGGAGAUUUCGACAAGUGCAUUCUACUGCGUCCAGAUUCCGCUUUAGCACAAGCCCAGAAAUGCUUUGCUCUGUACCGCCAAGCUUACACAGGAAACAACCCUUCACAAAUCCAGACUGCCAUGGACGGCUUUGAAGACGUCAUUAAAAGAUUCCCAAAGUGUGCAGAGGGGUAUGCACUGUAUGCACAGGCAUUGACAGAUCAGCAACACUUUGGAAAAGCCAAUGAGAUGUAUAAUAAGUGCAUCGACCUGGAACCAGACAACGCCACUACAUAUGUGCACAAGGGUUUACUACAGCUCCAGUGGAAGCAAGACCUUGAUAAAGGUUUAGAUCUGAUCAGCAAAGCCAUUGAGAUUGACAACAAAUGCGACUUUGCGUAUGAAACAAUGGGAACCAUUGAAGUUCAAAGAGGCAACUUGGAUAAGGCGAUUGACAUGUUCAACAAAGCUAUUAACCUGGCCAAGUCAGAAAUGGAGAUGGCACACCUGUACUCACUGUGUGAUGCUGCUUACGCACAGACAGAAGUGGCUAAGAAAUACGGAUUGAAGCCCCCGACACUGUAACGCUGCAUUCAUGCACUCUCCCAGUCGCUCCACUGCUGACUCUGAAAGAACUUUUUUUUUGUUUUUGUUUUUGUAACAGCUGUGUUGAAUGACAAUGUGUUCCGUGAUCUUGUAAUUCUGUGUUUAAUGUUUAAGUGUCAAGGGUGUUACAGCAGCCUGUAAUUAAGAAAUACACCUGCCGAGGGGAGGGAAAGGUUUACUAUUCAACCCCCACCUUACCCCGUCCCCCACUACAACUCCCAGCACAGCCAUGCAGUUCAAAGUAUGCAUGGCUCUUCACCCUCCCUUGUACAUGAUGUUAGGCUUCAAAGAAUCCCUGCUGGCCGUGAAGUAACCCUUUCUACCUUCGUAAACCCUCUUCCACGGGCAUCCACUAGAAUUUACAGUGGUAGCGAGUCACCUUUCUCCCCCUACCACCUUCCACCACCUGUCCAUGCUAAACAACAACUCAUUCUUCCAGUCCAGGUUCCUGUCUGACCCUUGUCCUGGAGGAUUUCUUUGAACCAAUUCAACUUCUAAUCAGGCCCUGAAGUCGAAUAUUUUUUGGGUAUUAAACCUGCAGUGGAAUGGCCUUAAGGACCCGAGUGGCCUUCAACUACGUAUUCAUUACAGAGUAUUACUCAAGGGCUUCUGCAAUCCGUGUGUUACUAAAUACUUCAGGGCCUGGUUUGCAGUUUUAACAGGAUAAAUUUUGGACAUCAAGGACCAGUGUUGCCUGUACCUGGUUAAAAAUUACUAAAAACUUGUGUUGCACAGACUCAUCCCAUUGUUAUCUUAGUCGCCCUGUUAUGCCACCUUGCAAACUGAUAGGCAUCCUCUGCUAAGAUGUAAAAGGUUCAUGAAUCACAGGAGAGCUGUGAGAUGCUUUUGCAAUAUACACUUUGUUUUGAUUUUUUUUUUUUUUAAUAUGUACAGCAUGUGUGGGUUUUCUCUUAAAUAAAUGUUAAUAUAAUUAUAUUGCUGUAAAAUUGCUUUAUAAUCCAGCCAAUUUGUUAGUGUUGGGUUUUAAUGUGAAAUUCAGCAGUUACGUAUGAUUGAUUCUUUUUUCUUUGUCUUCUAAUUUGAGGACCCAUGAUGGGUAAAUUAAACUUUAUUUUUAAUGUGCUUUUUAUAGAAUGGCUUGUGCUGUACUGCAGUUUUGCUAGAGGAGAGUUGGAUAGUAAUCCAGUACUGAACACACCCAACAAAUCCUGAACAGAGGCAUCUUUCACCUAAACAAAAAAUACAUAUAUUCUGGCUAAAAUCCCUUACCCUUUAAUUCUAAUUGUCUUAUAUAUACACACACAUAAAACAAAUCACAUUCCUGUAUUUUUAUAGUUAAUGUGAAUGUGUUUUGUUAAAGGCAGGCAAGGUUUGAACACUUGAUGUAUGACAGCCUGACACAAUAAACUGACUGAAGUUACUGAUUCUGGUGCACAUGCUGCAGAUGAAUCUGUAAAGCCAAGUCCCACUUACAGUAGAUCUGUUAAGGUUAUUCUCCUGUGAGUGUGCAGGGGGAUCUCUCCAUUAAAGUAGUUCAAACCUGUACACUGUUUUCUUGUAUUGGGUGUGCGACUACACUCAUUUAUUAGAGAUCAGCACUACUUAGGUGGAUGUUUGCAUGGAUAUUCUGUAUGCACUUGCUCGCAACCCAAAGAGCAACCAAUAAACAUGCAUUUUCUGUU